UGUGUAGACAGGUACAUUUACACGGUGCGUUCUUGUGUGCAGCAGUGAAGUUGCACCAACAAACAAGACUUAAAUAACUUAUAUUGCAUCAUUUUGAAUUUCACAAAAGUUAUAAAUUGCCUCUAAUUCGGUUUCACUACAUUCUUCAACUCGAAAACUUACAAAAUCAGUAAAAAUAGUGAAAUACAAACCACUUCUCGGCACCAAAUACGCUCCGUGUAGAACCACCCUAACAAUUUUCAUCACCCUCCUCACACGCACCAGAAACUUGUUUGCCUAAACGAUUGUGACCCUGCAUGAGUGCGCUAAUAGUGUAGAGCAACCCGUAGCAACCGCAGAAAGAUGGCAUACCGUGUCCUGACGACGGCCAAAAAGCUCGAAUCCGUGCUGGUCGGGCUGAACAGACCGCACCGUACUGUGAACGGGCCCGACUGUGAACAGAUCAUUCGCAGCCUAAGCUACCUGCAGUCGAGAAGCAACAAAACGUGGAACGAGUUCCUGCACCGCAUACAGGUGUUCUGCGAGAAGCCACCGAAAGGGUUCGAGAAGUACUUCAAACCACCCGGCGCCGCUAGCGCACAGCAGGCGAAGCAGGCCAACAAGGCAGGUGAAAGUGGGACCAGCAAAGAUGGCAGCAGCAGCAGUGCGGCCGAACAGUCCGCCAGCCAGUCGAACACACCGCCCGGUGCAACGUCACGCAAGAACGACUGGAAUCUGGGCAUGUUUUCGCCACAGCCGGCCCGAGGCAAGGGUGGAUCCAGCGGCAGUGGCGGUUCCGGCCGACCCAUCGGCGGCGGUGAAGAGGGCGAUAAGGAGAAGAUGCUGAUGUUUGGUGCGCUGGCCGGUGUGGCAUUGAUAUCGGCGAUCGCUUUCUUCGAAAUGGGAUACAAAGAAAUUGCGUGGAAGGAAUUCGUGAACAACUACCUCGCUCGCGGUAUCGUCGACAAGCUGGAAGUGGUUAACAAAAAAUGGGUCCGCGUUAAGCUAACGCCCGGCAAUGCUACAGACUCAUCGGGCAUUCUCUGGUUCAACAUUGGCAGCGUGGACUCGUUCGAGCGCAACCUGGAGAGUGUGCAGACGGACAUGAACAUCGAGCCGGUCAACUUUGUGCCGGUCAUCUAUCGGAGCGAGCUGGAAGCGUCCAGCUUAACGGGUCUACUGCCGACACUGCUCAUCAUCGGGUUCCUCGUCUACAUGAUGCGCCGCUCGUCCGAGAUGAUGGGUGGUGGUCGGGGCGGACGCCGCGGUGGAGGUUUGUUUGGUGGCGUCAUGCAAUCGACCGCCAAGCUAAUCAAUGCUAAUGAAAUCAACGUCGGAUUCAAGGAUGUGGCCGGCUGCGAGGAGGCCAAGAUCGAAAUUAUGGAGUUUGUCAACUUCCUCAAAAACCCCCAGCAAUACAUCGAUCUCGGUGCCAAGAUUCCCAAGGGCGCCAUGCUGACCGGACCGCCCGGUACGGGUAAAACGCUGCUUGCGAAGGCCACGGCAGGGGAAGCGAACGUACCCUUCAUUACCGUGUCCGGGUCGGAGUUUUUGGAAAUGUUUGUCGGCGUGGGACCGUCGCGCGUACGCGACAUGUUCGCCAUGGCCCGCAAGAACGCGCCGUGCAUUCUCUUCAUCGACGAAAUCGAUGCGGUCGGACGAAAGCGCGGCGGUAAAAGCUUCGGCGGCCACUCGGAGCAGGAGAACACACUGAACCAGCUGCUGGUGGAGAUGGACGGGUUCAACACGACCACGAAUGUGGUCGUGCUGGCCGCCACCAACCGGGUGGACAUCCUCGACAAGGCGCUGCUGCGACCGGGCCGCUUCGAUCGGCAGAUCUACGUGCCCGCCCCGGACAUUAAGGGGCGUGCUUCCAUUUUCAAAGUGCAUUUGGGCCCGCUCAAGACCGACCUGGACAAGACGGAUCUGGCCCGCAAGAUGGCCGCCCUGACGCCCGGCUUCACCGGGGCGGACAUCGCGAACGUCUGUAACGAGGCCGCCCUGAUUGCGGCGCGCGAUCUGAACGAAUCGAUCGUGAUGAAGCACUUCGAGCAGGCAAUCGAGCGCGUGAUCGCGGGCAUGGAGAAGAAAACGAACGUGCUGUCGCCGGAGGAGAAGCGCACGGUGGCGUACCACGAGGCGGGCCAUGCCGUGUGCGGCUGGUUCCUCGAGCACUCCGAUCCGCUGCUGAAGGUGUCGAUUAUUCCACGCGGCAAGGGUCUCGGGUACGCCCAGUACCUGCCGAAGGAUCAGUACCUGCUGACGACGGAGCAGCUAUACGAUCGCAUGUGCAUGACGCUCGGGGGCCGCGUGUCGGAGGAGAUCUUCUUCGAGCGCAUCACGACCGGUGCGCAGGACGAUCUGAAGAAAAUCACCGACAGUGCGUACGCGCAGAUUACGCGCUUCGGCAUGAACAAGAAGGUGGGCAACGUGAGCUUCGACAGCUCGCAGCCGGGCGAUCCGAUGUUCGCGAAACCGUACUCGGAACAGACGGCCCAAAUCAUCGAUGAGGAGGUGCGCGCCCUGAUAGACCGAGCGUACGUGCGAACGAAAGCGCUGCUGACGAAGCACCGGGCCGACGUGGAGAAGGUGGCGGAGCGUUUGCUCAAGAACGAAAUUCUCAGCCGCGACGACAUGAUCGAGCUGCUCGGCAAGCGCCCAUUCCCGGAGAAGUCGACGUACGAGGAGUUCGUGGAGGGUACGGGCUCGUUCGAGGAGGACACCACGCUGCCGGACGGGCUGGCCAGCUGGAACAAGGAGAAGGGCCAGGAGAAGGAGCCCAGCGCAAAGGACGACGAUGGCGGCAAGGUGAAGGCAUAAAAAUCGAUCGAGAGCGUCAUUGUUGUUUAGUUGAUCAAGAGAAAAGUUACUGAAUGUGUUCCACUAAUGCCACGAAGAGGAAAAUAAAAGCUACACACGAGCGACACAUGCUGCGAGCCACACACGCGUAAAGAGUUCGCAAGUCACUUUCGUUUCGCCCCAUCCGUGGGUUGGUAUUUGCAGCAACAGUAUGAAAUAUUACGAUUUUUGAGGCGCUUAUAGAAUUAGCUGACGCGAGUGGAAAGGCAUAUGAUGAUGCUACAUGCACAAACAGUAAAUGAUGAAUGUUGUAGGACCCAGCCAAACAAGCAACAUUGACCCGGGAUAGUCAAAGCAAGCAUUGUGGUAUGAACUUGUAUUUGUACUUACAUGUUACCCCCCGUGCGGUUUUAACACGAUCUUCACACUUCAUCAAAUAAAUUGGAUAGUUGAA